ACCAGCCCACUCUUAGUAAAGAGCCAAAGCGGUCGUUUGGAACUAAUUCUAGACUACCCAUUAUUAAGGAAUCAAAACAGUUCAAAACCAUCUGUUUUGCAAUACUGUGUAAAGAAUGACGCAUGUUUUCACGCCAUUUGAAUCUCUCUCAUACUGCUUCUCUCUCUCUCUCUUUCAUAUUACUUCUACUGCGCUGCCGUGUAUGGCACUAGCUCUAGACCAGUUGACUCUCAAAGUCACACUAAAGUCUCUCUCUCUCUCCCCACAAAAAUUCUUGACGUCUUUCCACCAUUCAACGUUUUUACAAUUUUUCCAAUUGGGAUUUUGUUCGAGUGGCCUUUGAUGGCUUUUUCAUGGUGAGGAAGCUGGGUUUAAAACUUCAAAUACGUGGUUCGGGCUUACAAAUUAGGCCUGGUUUUGGCCAUGGGAGAGGUUAAUGCUUCAAACCCAGAUGUGGGUUGUGAGGGUUUAACAAAAUUGGGCCAUAAAAGCCUUGAAGAAUCAAAGGUUACUUGGUAUAUUGCAGGCCCUGCAAUUUUAGCUGCAACUUUUCUCUUCUCAAUUGGGUUUAUAACAGUGGCUUUUGUUGGGAGAUUGGGGAGCACUGAAUUGGCUGCUGUUUCAAUGGUUCAGAAUGUCAUUGAAGGUUUUGCAUUUGGGGUCAUGCUAGGGUUGGGAAGUGCACUGGAGACAUUGUGUGGUCAAGCAGUAGGAGCAGGGCAAUUCAAUAUGCUGGGAAUAUAUACGCAAAGAUCAUGGAUCGUUUCAUGCAUAACUGCCAUGGUUUUAUCACCACUUUAUGUUUUUACUUCACCGAUUUUGAAGUUAUUUCGCCAGUCUGACGAUAUAUCGAAAAUGGCAGGGAAGUAUUCGAUAUGGGUUAUUCCCCAACUAUUUGCCUAUGCAAUAAACUUUCCAUUACUAAAGUUCUUUCAGUCUCAGAGCAAAAUCAUGGUUAUAACAGUGAUCUCUGGUAUAACUCUUAUGGUGCAUGCAUUAUUGUGUUGGGUCUUUGUGACCAAAUUAAAUUAUGGGUUGGCUGGAGCAGCUGCAGCCGGAAGUAUUUCAUGGUGGAUUAUAAACUUGGCUCAAAUUAUCUAUCUGAUAUCAGGGUUUUUUCCUGAAGCUUGGACUGGGUUUUCUUUGUUGGCAUUUCAUUCCUUGUUUGCCUUUGUAAAACUCUCUCUUGCAUCAGCCAUAAUGCUAUGCUUGGAUCUUUGGUACUAUACUAUAGUUAUACUUUUGGUUGGGCACUUGCAUAAUCCGGAAGUUGCGGUUGAUGCGAUUUCUAUCUGCAUGAAUUUUGAACUAUGGCCAGUGAUCGUGGCUUUGGGGUUCAACACUGCUGUAAGUGUGAGGGUCUCAAAUGAACUUGGAGCCAAUCAACCAAAAGCUGCGAGGUUUUCUGUGGUGGUGAAUUUAACUACAUCAGCUGUGCUGGGAAUCUUUUUUAUGGUUACAAUUAUCAUUGCAAGAAAUGACUUUCCCAAGCUUUUCACUACAGAUACGAAGGUCAUAAAAGAAACUUCCAGGCUUUGGGCUCUUCUUUCUUUGACAAUGCUUCUUAAUAGCAUUCAGCCUGUCCUCUCUGGUGUUGCAGUUGGUGCAGGGUGGCAAGUAAUGGUUGCAUUUAUAAGUCUUGGGUGCUAUUACUUGCUUGGGUUGCCCAUAGGUGUUUUAUUAGGCUUUAAGUUCAAUCUGGGAGUCAAGGGAUUUUGGUUGGGAAUGGUGGUCGGAAGCCUCUUGCAAACAGUGAUUCUUACAUUAAUCAUCUUUCGAGCAAACUGGGGGAGAGAGGCUUCUCGAGCAGAUGAGCGCAUUAGAACUUGGGGUGGAAUGACAGGGUACAGAGAAGGCUCUGGAUCAUGACAUUUUUGUUUGGUUUUAUGGAAGGCUAAUCCAACUUCUGGAACCUGCAACCGCAAGUUUAAAUUAUGAAUUGCAUUGCCAAGAAGAUUUCAAUUUGAUAGUUAGUCGAACGUUGACUACAACUCUAGAGUUUAACAAAUCUAAUAUCAUUUUCUCAUGGGAGGAAGUUUUGUUUCUUGGUUU